AUGACAGACAUGUUGAAUGAUCCUUCAAAAGAAAUAAUUUAUCUGAAAAAAAAUAACCGAUUGUUCAAAAAAUUAGUCAAAGAAACUCAUUUCGACUCUGAUGAGAUCAAAGCUCUUGCAUUGAUACACUACAAAAUUUGUAAAGAAUAUGGCCCGAUAACGAGAUCAAUAUUCCGCGAUAUUCUACACGCAGGAUUCGAUUUCACGGAAAAUGUGCGUCAUUUAGUGAUAGACAGAAUUUUUUCCACUAUGACGAGUCAGAAUUCACUGGGACUAAAUUUAGAGCAGUGGAUAAAAGCUCUGUCGGUUUCACUGCGAGGAACUUUGGAUCAACGUAUUAAAUCGGCUUUUCAUGUUUACGAUUCGCUUAUGACGGGUAAAAUAAGGCGGGAACAAAUAUUUUCAAAUAUGAGAGGCUGCUUGAUUGGAUUGGGUGACGAAGAUCAUACUGAGUCUCUUAAAGAUUUCGUGGAAAUGAUUUUGAGAAAUUUGGAUGUCGAUCGUGACGGUCAUAUAAGCGAGUCUGACUUUUCCAAGUCGGUGACUGACAAAAAUUUGCUGUUACUCGAGUGCAUGGGCCCCGUUUUUCCGUCCCGGGAAGCUAGACAUGCGUUUUCGGUGACUUUCACCCCGAAAACUGCAAAUUUUUGA